GACAGACAGCGGAGGAACAAGAUGCUUGAGAUCAGCAACGACCUGCUGGAGAACACCGUGGAGAAGAUGAGCGAGAACCUCACCUCUAUGGUUCUCGCGACUUCCGCCUUCACCCUCACCUUGGCUUACCUGUCCAAGGUGCUGUUCGGACAGCAGAGACCCCCCGACUCCCACCAGAAAUAUCCUCCGUAUAUUCCGUCCAGUUUGCCGUUUUUGGGUCACGCCAUCGCUUUUGGAAAGAGUCCUAUAGAGUUCCUGGAGUGGGCGUACGAGAAGUAUGGUCCUGUGGUGAGCUUUACGAUGGUGGGGAAGACGUUUACGUAUUUGCUCGGUAGCGAUUCGGCAGCUCUGAUGUUUAACAGUAAGAACGAGGAGCUGAACGCCGAGGACGUAUACUCCCGCCUCACCACCCCGGUGUUCGGAAAGGGCGUGGCCUACGACGUCCCGAACCCGGUGUUUCUGGAGCAGAAGAAGAUGCUGAAGACGGGGCUGAAUAUCGCUCACUUUAAGAAGCAUGUGGAGAUAAUCGAGGAGGAGACGCGAGAGUAUUUCCAGCGCUGGGGAGACAGCGGCGAGAGGAAUCUGUUCGAGGCUCUGUCGGAGUUGAUUAUCGUGACGGCGAGUCGGUGUUUACACGGGCGAGAGAUUCGCCGAAUGCUGGACGAAAAAAACGUGGCUCAGCUUUACGCCGACCUGGAUGGAGGAUUUACCCACGCUGCCUGGCUCCUGCCCGGCUGGCUGCCCCUCCCCAGCUUCAGGCGGAGGGAUCAUGCUCAUCGGGAGAUUAAAAAUAUCUUCUAUAAAGUGAUCGAGAAAAGAAGACAGGCGGCGGAGAAAGAGGACGACAUCCUGCAGACGCUAAUGGACGCCCAAUACAAAGACGGCCGCCCCCUGAAUGAUGACGAGAUUGCGGGGAUGCUGAUUGGUCUGCUGCUGGCCGGUCAGCACACCUCCUCCACCACCAGCGCCUGGCUCGGGUUCUUCCUGGCCCGAGAUCGCCCCCUACAGGAGCGGUGCUUCACCGAGCAAAAACAAGCCUGCGGAGAACACCUGCCCCCUCUGGACUACGACCAGCUAAAGGACCUGAACCUCCUGGACCGAUGCCUAAAGGAAACCCUGAGGCUCCGCCCACCUAUCAUGACCAUGAUGAGAAUGGCUCGUACUCCACAGAAGGUGGGCGGGUACACCAUCCCGGUUGGGCACCAGGUGUGCGUGUCUCCGACAGUGAACCACCGUCUGCAGGACACCUGGACACAACGUCUGGACUUUAACCCAGACCGGUACCUGGGGGAGAACCCGGCGGCUGGAGAGAAAUUCGCCUAUAUUCCCUUUGGAGCAGGUCGGCACCGCUGCAUCGGGGAGAACUUUGCAUACGUGCAGAUAAAGACUAUCUGGUCGAUGAUGCUGCGGCUGUACCAGUUUGAACUGGUGGACGGUUAUUUCCCCACUGUGAAUUACACCACCAUGAUCCACACGCCCAAUAACCCAAUCAUCCGGUACCGGCGGAGAGAACAGCACUGACCUCCAGUGUAGCCCCAAUUCACUAAACCCGGACCCUUUUCCCCACUACUGUACAAGAACCAAACCCGUUCCCCCACUACAGCACCAGAACCGGACCCAUUCCCCCAUUACUGCACCAGAACCGGACCCAUUCCCCCAUUACUGCACCAGAACGGGACCCAUUCCCCCAUUACUGCACCAGAACCGGACCCAUUCCCCCAUUACUGCACCAGAACCGGACCCAUUCCCCCAUUAUUGCACCAGAACCGGACCCAUUCCCCCAUUACUGCACCAGAACCGGACCCAUUCCCCCAUUACUGCACCAGAACCGGACCCAUUCCCCCAUUACUGCACCAGAACCGGACUCUUUACCCCACUUCAGCACCAGAACUAGACCCACCCCCCCACUUCAGCAUCAGAACCCGACUCUUUACCCCCCUAAAGCAUCGGAACCGGAACCAUUUCCUCACCACUUCACUAGAACCUCCUCAGAGUGCGGACCGAAACCAGAUGAAACCGGCAGUGACUGAACAGAACGUGAUGUAAUGGAUUAAAUCUGCUCUGUAAAAUUGUUUAUUUUGUACAUCUCAUGAAUUUGUUACUAAACUCAAAUGCUAAUUUUACUGUCCCAAUGUAUAUUUUUCAAAUACACACUUUAACUCAA